CUCCGGCAAGAUGGCAGCGGCGGCGGCGGCGGUGGGUCGAGCCGGGCUGGGCUUCCUGCGGGGGCUUCGGCUCCCCGGCCCGGCCGGGGUCAGGGGGCUGCGCGCAGGAGGGGGGAGUCUUUGGCAGCAGGAAUUCACCUCCCUGGAGGAGAAACCUCAGUUCCCCGGAGCCUCGGCUGAGUAUAUCGACAAGCUGGAAUUCAUCCAACCCAACAUCAUUUCGGGGAUCCCCAUUUACCGGGUCAUGGACCGGCAGGGGCAGAUUGUCAACCCCAGUGAGGAUCCCCAGAUUUCCCAGGAGGAAGUGCUGAAGUUCUACAAGAGCAUGACGCUGCUCAACACCAUGGAUCGAAUCCUCUACGAGUCCCAGAGACAGGGGCGAAUUUCCUUUUAUAUGACCAACUACGGAGAAGAAGGCACCCACGUAGGCAGCAUCGCAGCUCUGGACGACGCUGACCUGGUCUUUGGACAGUACCGAGAAGCAGGUGAGCGUCCGGCAGGCGUUUUCUUCUUCGGCCAUAGUAGCUAAGCAGC